AUAAUGUUUCCUAUGGAAAUGAUUGAUGGUUGUUAAGCAUGUUUUUAUGAAGGGGAUGGUUACAGUAUAUAGCCUGGUUUUGAAUGAGGAGUACUAGGACAAUAGGUUACCAACUCAUAUACAUCAUCUUACUGGUAUAGAUUAUGCAAAUACAUUCUAUUCAAAUACACACAUUAUUGUUCAGUCAUUUGUUUUAGUCAUCUCUUAGUAAACAUGAUGGGGUUGGAUAUGAAGACUAGAACGUGAACUAGACUAGAGGUAGACACAGUUUGUAGUUGUACUGCCCACAUAUCUGUCUCUCUUGUGCUCUCUGUCUGCCUAAUGUUUGUCACCAUGGGGUCUAGUUUUCUGUGUAGUUGGAUGUAGGUUCUGCCUGUAUUGGCCCUGCGCUACAGUAGUGUACUGUAGCCUGGGGAUUUGAAGUGAAUGCCAGAGAGGUAGAGGGGACAGAAGGACAGUGGGGCAGCGGGUGCAGAGCAGAGUGCCAGGGCCUUACAGAUCUGACUAUAAAUACAGUCCAGGAAUAAUCAACAGCAAAUGGUCUAGCUAGUAGCUGUCAGCACUCAGGGGCUCUCUGCAACCUUCAUACAACAUUUAUGCAAUCUUCAUACAACAUUAAUACAACAUCCCUUAGUUCCAGCUGUUGCACGGCGACAGAGAAGGCAAGACACAGGUGUUGUCAUACUGUAUCAGUGAAUAUGUUGUUGUGAUGGAUAGUAGAGACUGUUUAAUGCCUGUGAUGAUACAGUAUGUCUGGCUGCCCUUAUCCACGUCAUGUGACACUUCCAGCCGUUGUUGUUAUUCUGGUUUGCAUGGCCUGGCUGUUGUGUUGUUCAGGAGCUUUUUAUAGAGCUUUUUAUCGUCCCAGUUACCCUUCUGAGAUCUGAGCUGAAUAUGAAGAACAGGCCUAUAAUCGGCUCUAUUUAACAGAAAUAUGAGAUUUAAGGAGUUAACUAUGAAUUUGUAUGUUUUUACUACUUUUAAUUGAUGGCAAUGGACCAUAACAGUAGUGUGUCCCCCACGUGUUGUAGUCUGUGUGUGACUGUCUGUGUGACUGACUGUCUGAAUCCCCUGCUGUAGUCUGCUAAUGCUGCUAGGUUUUGCUGGUGACAGUCAGUACCAUGGUGUCAGUCAGUUUAGCCUGUCUCAGCAGCCUGCCAGCCCAUUCUGUCUGGAUUAAGGCCUGGCUAUCUGGGACACCAUUGUCUGCUGGAGCGUCAUCACCACCUCAGAUAUGCAGGCCUUAUGUAUGCAGCUGUUGAACAAAUGGAUUGGAAAAACGCCUGCUCACAUAAACUGAGACGUUCAAUUCCGUAUUCACAACUCGGUCACUUCUUAGUGUGUGUGAUUCUGGUGAAGUUAUCUAGGAGUUUUACAGUGAGCUGUAACAGUGUUUGGAUGGGAGUCUGAUGGACAUCUGGAUCUGCUGAGGGAAGGAGUAAAUCCCAUGGCAGGAAGUGCUGAUGUGUGUAACAGUACUGAUCUUCCAGAGGUGGAGAUCAUCAGUCUGCUGGAGGAGCAGCUGCCCCACUACAAGCUGAGAGCAGACACCAUCUACGGGUAUGACCACGACGACUGGCUCCACACCCCUCUCCUCUCCCCCGAUACCAACCUGGACCUCACCGUCGAGCAGAUUGAGGAGACUCUGAAGUAUUUCCUUCUAUGUGCUGAACGAGUGGGCCAGAUGACUAAGACCUACAGUGACAUAGAUGCUGUUACUCGUCUGCUUGAAGAGAAAGAGCGGGACUUGGAGCUCGCCGCCCGCAUCGGCCAGUCACUGCUGAAGAAGAACAAAACCCUCAGUGAGAGAAAUGAAUUCCUGGAGGAGCAAGUGGAGCACAUUCGAGAGGAGGUUUCUCAGCUGCGCCAUGAUCUGUCUAUGAAAGAUGAGCUUCUCCAGUUCUACACUAGUGCAGCAGAGGAGAGUGAAGGAGAUUCGUCCACCUGUACCCCCAUCCGCCACAAUGACUCCACACUGUCGGUGCCAAGUUACUUCCCCCUGGACUCACUGCAGAAGAAACUCAAAGACUUGGAGGCAGAGAAUAUCUCUCUUAGAUCAGAGGCCAGUCACCUGGAGACGGAGACAGAGGAGUACGAGGAGAAGGAGCAGCAGCUGGUCAACGACGUCGUCAAAGAGCUGAGAGAUGCCAACCACCAGAUGUCCACCCUGGCGGAGGAGCUGGCGAGGAAGACGGAUGACGCGUCUCGCCAGCAGGAGGAGAUCACACACCUCCUGUCCCAGAUCGUAGACCUGCAGAAGAAGUCCAAGUCUUAUGCAGUGGAAAACCAAGAGCUCACCCAGCAUCUAGGAGCUGCCAAAGAUGCCCAGCGCCAGCUCACUGCUGAGCUGAGGGAGUUGGAGGAUAAGUAUGCAGAGUGUAUGGAGAUGCUCCAUGAGGCCCAGGAAGAGCUGAAGAACCUCCGGAAUAAAUCACUACCUCUCAGUACACCCCGACGCUUCCACUCCCUGGGCCUGUUCCCUAUGGUGUCAUAUGUUAACAACAUAGUUUAUGCCGAGGGGGACUCUCUAGCUGCUGAGAUUGAGGGCACCAUGAGGAAGGGGCUGGCUAUGGAUGACCCGGAAGUGGAAGAGCAGAAGUUGCACCCCAAGCGUGUGUUUGAGACUGUGAAAAACAUUAACCUGAUGCGUCAGCGCUCCUCUCUGGCCCCGUCUCCCAUGAACAUCCCCGGCUCCAACCGGUCGUCCUGUCUGAACUCUGGCCGCUCCAGCUGCCUGUCCACGCCCCGCUCCAGCCUGUACGGAGGAGAUAUGGGGAGCAUCCUCAUAGACAACCACACCAACAGCUUCAUACUGGAGACGCCUGACCAAAGUGCGGAUGAUUCCAACAAGAAACCAGGGACCCCUGGAACGCCGGGCUCUCAGGAUCUGGAAGCAGCCCUGCGACGUCUCUCCCUGCGGCGGGACAACUACCUGAGCGAGCGGCGCUUCUUCGAGGAGGAGAGGGAUCGGAAGCUCCAGGGGCUGGUGGAGAAGGGAGAGGUGUACAACGGCAGUAUGACCCCCACAGAGAGCAUCAUGUCCCUGGGAGGAACCCACCCCUCUUCCAUCUGGUCUGGGUACUCCUUCAGCUCCCGCUCCUACCUGCCGGAGAAGCUGCAGAUCGUCAAGCCUCUGGAAGGCUCAGCCACCCUGCACCAGUGGCAGCAGCUGGCCCAGCCCAACCUGGGUGGGAUCCUGGACACGCGGCCUGGUGUGGUCACUAAGGGCUUCCGUCCUCUGGAACUAGACCUGGAGCACAUGUACCUGUUCACUGACUUUGAGGAGGAGGACUUUGAGGUAGUAGAGGAGUCUGACCACCUGUCUGUCCACAGCCUCUCUGCCUCAGGCUCUACCCCCGGCACUAGUGGCAUCUCCAUCCUCAGCCGGCAGGGCCUCCGUACCCGCUCCUCCUCCUGCUCCUCCUUCUGCAGCGGCAGAGCCAUCAACAACAACCUUCCAGAGGGAGGGGUUGGGGGUGAUGGAGAACCUAGGGAAGAGGGCGAGACAUUAGGCCCAGGCUGCACAUCACUGUUGUCCCCCGCACCUCCAGACAGAGAGAACCAGGAGAACCAGGAUCAGGCUGCAGCCGCUGACGGGGUGUCCGCCCACUACCCUGGUAAAUGCAUGUCCAACACCAGCUCCACCUAUACCUUCACCACCUGUCGGAUCAUGCACCCCUCAGACGAGCUGACCAGAGUCACCCCCAGCCUUAUGUCGGGCCCUACUGCCUCCUGCGUCAUGACCAGCAGCAGCAGCGUCAGAUCUACCCCCUGCUCAACCCCUUGCACCCCGCGCCGCCUCAGCCUGGCAGCCGAGUCCUUCACCAACCUGAGAGACUCCACCAAGACCAUGAGCACUAGUGGAGGUCUGGUGCGGCUCCUCCAGGAGCGAGGCAUUUCUGCAGCAGUCUACAACCCUCAGAGCUGGGACCGGGCAGACUGUAGCACCUCCAUCCCCACUGGAGGGGUACCGUCGCUUCUACAACCGCGGCCCCCCAACACCCUACCCUUCAUGCCGCCCAACUCCCCAACCCACCGCUCCCUCUGCACCAAACCCAGCAGCCCUGUGGGCCCCUUCGACCUCAGUCCCAGCGCCCCCCCCUAUGACAACUUCCUGGCGUCGAAGCCGGCCAGCUCCAUCCUGAAGGAGGUGAGGGCAGAGGCCCGGAGCAGUGAGUCAGCAGACAGCGAGUGUCAGACUGACGUCAGCGUCCACAAUCUGAAGCUGGUGGACAAGCUGAAGCGCUUCAGCGUGGCUGGGGCCGGCCCCUCUUUAUCAGGGGCCACGGGACCCACCAUGCUGGGGCCCCUCAGCGGCCUCCACCGCCCUUCCCACUUCUGCCCUUCUGUGGUGACCAGUCCCAUAGGGGGCCUCGGCCCCGCUCUGAACGCAGGCAUCCGCCGUAACCGCAGCUACCCGGCCAUGGUAGGGGCCGGCAUGGCUAUGAAGGGCCCGGGGCCCCACAGCCCCACAGACAUGCUCCUGGCUUCUUCCUCCAAGCUCCCCAGACAGACUAGUCUCAAUGAUGGGUGAAUGAAUGUUGACUUUUCUCUUCUGUCUGUCACCUGUCAGAUGAGUUGGAUGUAUAUAUAGCUGCUGUAUGAGGCCCCGGUCUGUGACAAAUCAACUCUGUGCCUGAAAGAGAUGCCCUUUCUUUUUACAGAACAUUUUGUAUCAAUGCUAAUUAUUUUGUCUUUCUUUCUCUAUUCUGUCUCGCUCUCUCCUCUCCUGUCCUCUCUUUCUGUAUUCUGUCUCUCUCUCUCCUGUCCUCUCUUUCUCUGUCCUGCUUUUCUUUCUCUGUCCAGCUUUUCUCUCUCUGUCUCUCUCCUUACAUCCCUCAGUAAAUAGUACCAUGAUGUGUUACUGUUUUAUUGUUGAUUGGCCCUGCAGAUCGGUAGGCUGAAGGUCAUGUACUGUAGCACCUGUUAUCUGUUUAGGAAACGGAGCGCUUCCAAGCCCAGGUAAACUCAUAUUAAAGAUCUAUUUAUUUUAUUCCCAGGUCUAAACGUAUACAUGUAGAGAUAAAACACUGUCUCUUCCUGUUAAUUAGCCAAUGAGUGGCAAGCAGUACCAGGGAACGCACCUUAAGUGGUAUUUAGGGGUGUUCAGUGACAUCCAUGACAAUAUGCACAGAACUAAGACCUUUAUUGAGGAAAUGAAAUGUUGGAGGUACAGUAUUCAUACUACUAGCUAGCACAAUACUGGGCAACAACACAUGUUAUUCACCUCAGAGUUUAUCCAAAUAAAGAGUGGGAAGGAGCCACACUUGAAGCUAAGAGGGAUGCAUGGAUGUUUGCCGUGAAUGAAUAGGCUAUGGUUUGAACUUGGAUACAUUGUAACAGACCAACAUGAUUUAUAGACAUUUGUGUGCAGUGCGAGUAUGUGAACUUGUGUGUGUAUAAAGUUGAAAGAUUUACCUAUAGGCCUAGAUAGCCUAAGAAAGGCUUGAGUCAUUUGGUUAAGGUGAUAAUCAGAUAUACAGGACAUUUCAACCAGAGCCCACUAACUGCUGUCUCCCAAUACAAAAGGUGUGUAGGAGAGUUCUCUGGGAGGGAUGCCGUUGAUUCUGACUUUCAUCUUUCUGGUAACAAGCUUUGGUGACUGAACUGUUAGCUUUAAACUAAAGCCACUGUACUGUAAAUGAAGAUGUGGAACGGGGAGAUGGAGGGAAAACCUCCUAGUGCCUCAUACUUGACAUAGUUCCAUUGUUGUUGGACUGACUGAUCUCUGGUUCCACCCUGGUAUGAGCAGACAACUGCUUUGUGUUCUGAGGAUAUCCUCCUCGUAGGAAUUUUAACUGCAGAGAAGAUGAGCUCUCGUUACAUCUUGGAGAGAUGCACUAUACUAUAUGUGUUGAAAUAAAGAAGAAACACCUAUUAUUUAUCAUUAACCUCUGACAGAAGUAGAGAUUCGUCCUUGCUGACAUUGUGUGUAACUUGAAUGUCCUUUGAAUGUAUUGUUUAACAGCAGAAAAUAUUAUGUCCAUAUGUCUGUUGAUUUAAAUGAUGGUUUUACUGCAUUUCAACUACAAAGGGAAUUAUUAUUAUACUACUUGUACAUUGUAAAUGGUAUGAAUGCAAUGAAUUUAGCGAUGUUAACUAUUUUUUAAUAAACUAGGAAGAAAAAAUAUAUAUAUAAGGGACAAAAAUGUUGUUCAGGCAAUGAAGUGGUCAGAACACUGGUAUAAAAACAAAAAACAAGGGUUUUGUGUUCCGGAAUUUCAAGAGCACCAAUUUGCAAAAAAGGCUAUUAUCAAUAAAACAAUUGAUAUGA